AUGCCUCACUCCAGACCGUACACCAAGAAGGAACUGAAUCUUCUGAAGAAAGAAGCCCUUCAGGCAAUAAUUGAGUCCAACAUACAUCUCUGGCCCGCAAAAAAGAAAUAUCAGCCUCGGGGACGUACGACAAAACGUGACAUGAUAAACGUUAUAGCAAAUGCGGCCAAUGGCUUCCGAAUUUGUGACGAUGGCAAUGCGUCGGAAGAUUCAGUCACUGACUGUGCCCUUGAGCAACACAGUGUAAAGCACUCACAUUCGGUUCAUAAUGACAUGAUCAGCAUGGAUAGAAGUCGCCUAUCUCUCGGCAGUGCAUCCAUAUGCGAUGAUUUCUCUGAGGAUGUAAACCAAGGGGUACUCGUACCAGAUUUGCAGUCGGCUGCUCAGCAGAUCCCCGACUCUUUGGAUGGUGAUCUUGAUAAAGCGAACGUACCGAAUGGAACAUUGUCUCCUUCUGACGCCCAGCAUGUCAACAAAGCUGAUACAACUGAGCGAGACAUGGCAAAUAUGACGGAGGGCUCGAUUGAGGGAAACAAUACACCGGAGGCCACGUCUCCUGUGCGUGACACCGACAUCGCACGCGCUGCAAACGAUUUUCAACUGAUUGAGCAGAUCAUUUCCAAAAGGCCUCUGUCAGAAGCUUUUCGGGAGCCGACAGAAUUUCUACAAGGUAUGGAAGGUUAUGAAGAUGAACCAGGAUUUCAAGAGUAUAUGCACCCAAUUGAGCAACACUAUAGGAAUCCUACCGAAGCAUCUGUGCAGGGCACUAACGCUGCUAUGGACGAGCAUCGUUCCUUCAGUCCGCAAGGUUCGCAUUUGAACUCAGUGCUGUGGAAUCAAGAUCGGGUACAAUACAAUCAUACUCUCUUGGGCAAUAUGUUUAUGCGCUCGGAGGCCCAUAUGACCAGCAGCGAGAGAUUUCCCGCCAGCAGUCAUGAACGUAGACAUGCGAGCUCAACCAUGGACAUGAUGCAGACAAAAGUUGACGUUAGAAUCAUCGAUCAUCGGGGCUCUCCGUCACUGGCUUUGCGGAGUUCGUUCACUCUUCGGUGCUAUACGGUGGGGUCCUCUGGACAGACAUGCAUCAAAGCAGAGGAAUUGCUCGAGGCAGUUCAAAACUCGCCAUGUUGCAUAGAGGGCAACGCUCGUCUCGCUACCGCGCUCGAUGACGACUUAGAACCGUUUGUCAAACUUACGGGUCCUGGUAAAGAGACAACGCGCGCUUGUUUUCGUGAAAUGCUGUAUUAUUCGAGCGGAGAAAUACUGGAGCUCCACAUUCUCAAACUAUCUGACGUCCCCACCUUGCCAGGGGAAUAUGGCCAAGGCAAGCGCAAGCGCAUCGGACAACCCAGUCAGCAGAAAGCGGAACGUGUCCUUCAGGAAACGGAGGAAACUAAACGCGCACGCUCAACGGCUCAACCUGGCCGAAUGAUAUUCUUGGAAGAAGCUUCUGCCGUCUUCAAUUAUAUCAAGAACGUCAACGCUGCCUCGGAGAGUUCAGAUUUCACGGAACGAUGGCAAUCUUUUGUCAAACAGAAGGGAUACAAAGUCCCCUCCGAUGCUGACAUGGUGGAGGCUUUCCAAUUCGCAUUUGAUUUCGUGAAGAAGUGGGUCGGACAGACUGUUUGGAUCAAAAAUGAUGGUACAGCACGAAGGAUACGUAUCACUAAGAAGCACCUAUACACUCUGCUCGACAGAGAUACCAGCUGGUUCUCGCCUGUGAACAGAAUUGUCGCCAUCUUGCAAGAGAUCGGGCCUCAUUCAAAGCAAGCGGAUCCGAAGGUUGUAGAGAGACUUGCAGACCCUAGUAGCAGAGGGGGCCAGGAUCAACUGCGUCGUUUUCUAGAGGAGAGGAUGGAUGCAUACCUGCAUACUCAGGCAUCAUCCUCGUCCACGCUGCUACUUUGA